AUGGCUGGAUCGACUCUUGUCUGCUCUGUGCUGCUGAUGUUCGGCUUCGUCCUGCAGCUCUCAACUGCUCAAAUGAGCUGUAAGGACCGCUGUGGAGAACCGUUCUCCCGUGGUCAGGUGUGUAGCUGUGAUGAAGGCUGUCUCACCCACGAUGACUGCUGCAAGGACUAUGAGGAAGUUUGCACCAACCGUGCUUCAUGCCGGGGUCGUUGUCAGGAAGCGUUUCGCAGAGGGAGGGAGUGUGAGUGUGACCCUGACUGCACCCGCUACAACUCCUGCUGCUCCGACUACAGCGCUCACUGCAAUGUGAACGAUGCACCAGCAGCCAAGAACGCCAAACAGGCCAAACCAGCAGGAGCUGGACCCACUGGUCUGGGUGGUACGGGUGAGUUAAUGCCCCUGACUGCAGAUCUAGGAGCCCCUACUGGGGGCCCUUCUCCUCUUGACGCUGGACUAUAUCAGGCCAAACCUGAAAGCCCUACGCUCCACACACCAGACCUUCCUCACGCUGAUGCUCUUGCGCCUGGAGAAACCCUCACUAUCCCCGUUCAGAUGUCCCUGUCCAUCAGUGGAGAUGCUGGUGGAGCUGUGGAUCAACCCUCCAGUGUCUUGGACCUUCACGCGGGCAGACCGAGCACGCUGACUGACCUAGCUCAGGCUCUGCAGGACCAUGAAACUGCAUCAAGCUCCAACUCUGACCUCUGUGAUAGCCAGCCAAUCGACGGCCUCACCGCACCCUUCAACGGCUCCAUCAUCGUUUUUCGAGGUCAUUUCUUCUGGAUCGUGGACCCUAAGACCAGAGCCGCCGGUCCCGCUCUGAGCAUUACAGAAGAGUUGGGCGUGCCAUCACCCAUCGACACCGCCUUCACCCGCUGCAACUGCCAGGGCAAAACCUACAUCAUCAAGGGUGAUCAGUACUGGAGUUUUGAGAGCGGUGUGAUGGAGCCCGGUUACCCCAGGUCUGUGGCCAAGGAUUUUGGAGGGCUGACGGGUGAAAUAGUCGCCGCUCUGUCUGUUCCCGCCAACAGGAAAAGACCGGAGACCGUCUACUUCUUCAAAAAAGGAGGUUCGGUGCAGAAACUCUCCUACCCAGCUGGAAGUGCACCAACCUGCAAUGGUGGUAAAAAGGCAAAUAACUCAGUCGCCGCCAAGAACCGCCAAGCAGAGGUGCGUCUGUCUGGAGAGAUCAACAUCAAGCUAAAGUGGAAGGGAUUCCCCACCCCGGUGACCUCCGCCCUCUCCGUGCCCAACUCCAGGAAGCCUGACGGGUUCGAACACUUCGUCUUCUCAGGACCUAAAGUCUUUACCAUCAAGGUCGUCGGCGAGAUCCCUGCCCUGGCGUCUCCUGCUAAACCGUCCGCUGAGCAGAACGACCUGAGGAACUGGCUCGGCUGCCCUUAA